AUGCAGGUGGUAUUGGAGGCGAUGGGUGGGUUGUUGUUCCGCUAUUGGGGGCUGCCGAAGGCUAAGAAGGGAGCGGACAACGACGCUGGCGAGGUCGCGGAGAAGAAGGCCGCCCUCGACAGAGCGUGGGAUUUCGUGCAGGCGGAGGCCCCCCGCGGAAAUUUCGACGGCCAGAGGGUCCUGUGGUUGGAGCACCAGUACGUGGACCCUGACUCCCCCAUCUACAACAUGAAGCGGGAGUUCGUGAACAGCUUGAUGAAGUGCAUCGCGGACCGCGACCAUUUCGCGACCAAGGAGGACUACUACCCGCUCCUGAAGCCAGACAUCCGCAAGGAGUACCAGCCGAUGACGAACGGGAUCUUGAAGACGCUGAUGGGGAACACGCUGCUUACGAUCGGGGAGGCUGGCUUCGGGAAGACACCCUUCAUGUACAUCUGUGCCAUGGCGACUGCGAGGCACAAUGCAGACGUCGCUAAUGAACGCCACCCAGGUCGUGCCAAGGCUGCUGUUCGGGUAUCCGCAGAGAUGGACUUCUUCCGCGGGGAGGUCGGGGAGCCCUGGGCGCCCUGCAUCUUCGACGACGGCGACCUCGCAGAUCAGCGGCCUCGCGUCCCCAAGGCCUUCUUUGACCCCACGCAGGCUGAGGCCAUGACCUACGUGCGCUGGGGGGCCGCGAAGUUCGUGCGCGGCCAAGCGAGGCGGCUGGCGAAGUCGAAGUUUGGCGGUGACAACGAAUACAAUGCCAGCGCUGAACCAAAUGGCGAGGAGUGGGGGCUCGCGGCGACGUCGCCCGAUGCUGCAAAGCGGACCACUGCCAUCUUGGUGGACAUGAUUCGGCCCGCCUUCCCUAAGGGUAUGUCCGAGAGCAACUUAGGGGCCAUGCUCAAGCGGUGCAACGUCGCCCUGAACACGCAGCACUCGUUCUUCUUCAGGCCCGCUGGCAAGGACUCGGUCGUUGAGAAGUUGCCCCUCAUGAGCAGCUACAUCACGGCCGAGGCGGGCAAGAUCUUGAUGCGGUUCCUCAGGCGCAAGAAGCGCCGCGACCAGGAGGAGUACGACAGGCUCCUCGCCUUUGAGAAGAAGGAGGUGCUCCAGCUCAUGGCCGAGUCGCGCGCAGCAGCGGGCGCGGGCGACGGUGGCGGGGACGGCGCCGAUGGCGCCGCCGCCGCGAGCAGCGCCCCAGCCGGUGCCGCGGCGCCGCGGGAGGCAGGCGUGGCGGGCGGCGUGGAGACCGCGCCCAACGACGGCGGGAUGUCCGACCGCGGCGGCGGCGGCGCCGACGCGCGGGCCGUCUCCGCGGACGAGGAGGACGUGUUCGGCUUCGGCGGCGGCAUGGGGGAGCCCGAGCCGACGCCCCCCAGACAGCUGACGGCCGCGCGGGACGUCCGCGUGAAGGAGAUCAUCAACGCCGAGGCCGACACGCUCAUGAUGGUGCCGUGGCAGGCGGGUGCUGCUCCUGGAUCGAGCGGCGACGGGGGGGCGCCGAGUGGCGCGGCUGCGCCCGCGGACCCCGCGCCCGCCAAGCAGCCCCCGAUCGUCGGCUGCCACGGUGCGCUCUCGGAUGAGGACCAUCGGGAGCAGGUGGCGAUCUUUCGCAGCCUAGCCAAGGCCCACCACGGCGCGCACGAGAACCUGGCAACUCCGCCGCGGAAGACCAGGAAGACGGGUCUGGCCUGCGGCGGGCCGCUCUCCCCCGUGGACAUCCAGGAGCAGCAGGCGAUUUUCGCACCCAUUGUGGCGCAGGCACACGGCGAGACCCUCGUGGUGGACGACGAUGGCGUCGACUUGGAUGCCGAAAUGGAGACGCUCCUCGAUGACAUCGAGGCGGAGCGCGUUGGCGGCGCGAGCCAGCUUCCGGGUGACCAGACGGACUGA